AUGUCCAUUCUGAGAGACAUCUGGGACACACUGGGGAACCCCUCCCCUUACAGGGGGACUGGAUUCCGGAUUGUCCCACGCCUCCACGUCCCCUCCCUCUCCCCCCGCUACAUCCUGGACUACAACUCCCGCAUGGCUGAGCUGGGGCUGGAUGGCCCCCCCACCCUCUCCCUCGCUGGCCACUCCUUCACCUUCCUGGAGGGCAGGUGGGUGUGCUCCGCCACCGAGGACAGACCCAGACAGAGGGCCAGGCUGCAGCGGCUGAAGCAGCAGCAGCAAGUCCUGCAGGCGGAGAAUGAGGCUCUGAAGCUGCGGCUGCAGGUGCUGAUGGACCUGCUGACAGAGACCAUGAUGCAGCGGGGCGCGGGGGCCGACGCCACACCCCACGGAAAGAAGGCCACCCUGGUCACCCAAUGA